AUGACCGCGUUCUUGGAGGAAUUUCAACAUCUUAAAGUCUCACUGGAAGAUAUUCUGUUUGCUACUGCUAACUUUAGUGACAACAAGAUUAUCGGAACUGGUGGAUUUGGCAAGGUUUAUAAAGGAGAAAUCUCUCAUUUUAAGGGGCGAAGCAUGGUUGCUUUCAAGCGUCUAGAUCCUAGAUAUGGUCAAGGAAACCCUGAGUUUUGGAAGGAGAUCAUGAUGCUUUCUCGUUACAAUCAUGAAAAUCUCAUCUCUCUCCUUGGGUUUUGUAACGAGGGUGGUGAAAAGAUCCUAUUAUACGAGCAUGCAUCUGGUGGAAGCCUUGAUCUUCACUUAGGUUCUGUUGAUCUCAAGUGGAUUCAACGUCUCAAAAUAUGCCUUGAAGUGGCUAAAGGACUAGAAUACCUUCAAGAUCCUAAGGGGUCGCAACAAAGAGUCCUCCAUCGUGAUAUUAAGAGCUCCAAUAUCUUACUUGAUAAGAACAUGAGGGCAAAGAUUUCUGACUUGGGCCUCUCGAAAAUAGGCCCUGCUAAUCAGCAGCACUCUGUUCUUGUCUCCCAUGCUGUUGGUACCCCUGGGUACUGUGAUCCGUUAUAUAUGGAAGAGGGCUUUUUGACAAAAGAGUCAGACAUAUACUCUUUUGGUGUCAUCUUAUUGGAAGUUCUGUGUGGGAGAUUGUGCUAUGUUUAUAUGAACCGUCAAUGUCAGAUAUUAGUACCUAUGUGGAAACAAAGCUACAAAAAGAAGAAACUCGAUGUGAUUAUCUUUCAAGAUCUACUCCACCAAAUGGAUCCAGCUUGUUUGGAAAUAUUUUCAGAACUUGCGUUCCGCUGUUUGAAGAAAGCUCGUGAAGAAAGGCCACUCAUUUCUUAUGUAGUUGAGAAACUUGAACUUGCACUUGAACUUCAGGAAAUUUAUGAAGUGGUGAAACAGCCAAAGGGGUAUGAAGAGAUAAUUAUCAUGGCAAUACCUCCUCUGACUUACAGAUCCAUAGAUGAACUCAAAACGAUUCUUUCCAAUGGGAUCUUCCUUAAUGAGGGCAAGACGUGGUUUUCAAUUAACAAGACUGGAGAACAUUGUGAAAUGAUAUCCACAACAGACUGUUUGAUUCCAAUUGCAAGUGAUUCUAAAAAUCGCUAUAUAUCUGAAAACGGUUCAAGAUUUCUCGGGGGUUGCUUUAUGGCAUAUGAUGGCAAAUUCAAAACACAUGUCAAAACUCAAUUCUUGUCACCUCAAAUCACAUACACAGUAAACCUUGUUUUCAAAUUUAUCUACACAAAGAAAGCUGUGUGCAAGCCAACAUAUUCAGUCCUCAGAUACAAAUUGGAAGCUGAGGAGAAACUAUCAGUAUGCUACUUGGCAGAUAAAAGAGAAGAUGGAUGGUUGAUGGCUGAAUUGUAUCAAUUUACAAGUGACAGUAGAUAUGUUGAUCUCCAGAUUUUGAUUGAGGGCUCAUAUUCCUUGGCUGUAGAAGGCAUUGAAUUUCGGCCCCUCGAUAUGGUUAGAUGUGAGGUGUUGGAGGAUGAGAAGGUGGAUAUGCCAUCAAUAUCGGAUUCAGAUACAAUAUGGGAAGAAAAACUGCCAAAAAAUCAUGAAGAGAUGAUCAAGUGGUCAAAAGAUAGUUUGCAAUGGACUACCAAGAAGGAACUCUACUUCAUUCUCUGCAAAGGGUUUCCAAUCAAUAACGGUAAAGAAUGGUUAUCUCUUGACAAAAAGGGAAGGAAAUGCCAUAUGCUAGAGGCAAGAAUGGCAUUGCUAGAAGAAGAAUGCAAUUGGGAGUCUUUUAAUCAAUCAAGAUUCAAAGAAGUGGCUGUGCAUCCUAACAAAAGCUUUCACAUAGUUUGUACGAUCAACCCUCAUAUAUUGUCACCUAGAACAAGAUAUGCAAGUUACCUUGUCUAUAAAUUGCCAAAUGAUCCCUACGAAUUCGAGGCUCCUAUGGUACUGAUGGAUAAAGAUCAUUCCCAUUCAACUGAUGCACCAUGUUUGCGGUUUGUUCAUUUACUUAGUCCUCAAACCCCUGUUAUUAGACGAAGAGAUGAUCAAAAUGCCCACAACCCGUUGAAUAGACCCAAAAUAAAAGGUCUUCCACGACAAAGGCAAGAUGGUUGGAUGGAGGUUCAAAUAUGGGAAUUUAUAACUUGUUUUACCACCAAAACGAUAUCAAUGGAUCUCGAGUUAGCUAGUUCCUUUUACAAGGUAAUCGAAGGGCUUAUUGUGCAGGGCAUUGAGUUUAAACCCAUUUAUAAGUAGUCUUUUUGUAUUCCUUGGCAUCUUGCCGGCAUUAUCGUGGUGAUUAAUAGAAUAAAGUG